CGCCUCAGUCUAACGGCGGCGCCGUGAGGGGAGGAGGGCGGCAGGGCAGGGGGAAGGGCUUCGGCGCCCCUUUUACCACCUCAGCGCCCCUUUUACCACCCCGGCGCCCCCCUCCCGGCCCUGGCAGGACCAUGCCCAUGCCCAAGCCCAGCCCCGGCGACGAGCGGUCCCAGCGGCCAGCAGGCGUUGAGGCAGCGGCCGGGCGGCCCCGAGACUGCGGCGAGGAAGGGCCGCGGGCGCCCGCCAGCCCUCCGCAAGACCUUUCCGUGAAUGAGCUGCAGGAAAUAUCUGAUAAGAUCUACAAGCUGACCCUUGCGCAUGAAAUCGUGCUGAAUGGUGACUUCAAACUGCAAAUGGUCAAAUUCUCCCCACUCAGCCUGGAAAACAGAGUGAAGGAGACAUUGCACAAAGCCUUCUGGGACAGCCUGAAAGAACAGAUCUCUGCCAGGCCCCCUGACUACACUCAGGCAAUCCAGCUGCUACAGGAGAUAAAGGAGGCUCUGCUGUCAUUGCUGCUGCCACGACACAACCAAUUGCGAAGCCAAAUUGAAGAGGCCCUCGACGUGGAGUUAAUUCAACAAGAGGCUGAGCACGGGGCUCUGGACAUCCGUGGCCUCGCCACAUACAUCCUUGACACGAUGGCAAUGCUGUGUGCGCCCGUUCGAGAUGAGGAUGUGCAAGGACUGCAAAGCCUCUCAGACCCAGCUCAGCUUCUCAGGGAGAUUUUCCGGGUGUUGGACCUGAUGAAAACGGAUAUGCUGAAUUUUAGCAUCCAGAGCCUCCGCCCCCACUUGCAGGACCAUUCCACCCAGUAUGAAUGGAAGAAAUUCCAGGAACUCGUAGAUAAGCUUCCCAACAGCCUGGAUCACACCACAGAGUGGCUGCGUGAAGCAGCAGCAGAAGCGUCUGCAUCCCUCUCAGAGUCACAGCCCCGCUCUGCAGCCUUACAGGGGGCAGCGGGUGGUAGCACAGCUCUGCCAAGUCUCACGUCUGUGCUAAAUCAAGGAUACGUGAACCUGCUCUGCUGGGAGCCUGGACAAAAGCAAUACCCUGAGACACUGCUUAUGGACCAGGCCCGGCUGCAGGAAGUCCAAGCGCAGGUGAAUCAGCUUACUGUCACAGCUGCAGUCCUGCUAGUGACCAGCGGCACGUGUGGAAGUGCCUUAUUUGGCUCACCUGGGUUUGUAGCUAGGCUGAAACUGGUAACAAAGGGCCUCUUGGAAGGGCUGUCUUGUACCAGGUGUGAAGAAGCUUUGCAAGACAUCAGCGACCAGGUGCUGCAGGAAGUCAGCAGGGCGCUCUCGCAGCUGGGUUACCCUGCUCUUACCAGUGACAAAUGUGCUUCCCUGAAAGGCCAGAUAAAAAGCAUCGCAGACAAGGGCAACGCAGUCCGGCAUGUCAUCGAGCGGCGGAUUCAUUUGUUCCUCAGCCAUUUUAUUUCCCCCGACGGAUGGAAUUCUCAAAAAGAUUUUCCAAAGGGUCUUGAUGCCAUCCAGGAAGAGCUGCAGGAAGUUGGGCGCAGGUUUAGAAGCGUGAUCCACCACAACAGGCAGGUGUUUGGCCCUUGCUACUUGGGAAUUCUCAAGAAAGUGCUUUUCCCAGAGGCAGAACCAGAAUCAGAUGCAGGAACAGGUUCCUUCUGAUCAUCUUUAUUAUGUACCACACAGGAGGGCAGGGUUGGAACACAUUCUCCAGCAGUUUCUCAAAUCAUGCUUCAGCUUGUAAAACUCAAUCAGAUAAACCCCGCUGGGCCGCCACAGCUACUGGGAAGUGACUCUUAGCGUGUCAAUAGCUGAAUAAACCUCUCAACUACA